AUGCAUAUUCUUGUCACCAACGAUGAUGGUCCACCAUCAGAUCAGUCCUCGCCCUAUGUACAUUCGCUGGUGUCAACACUACAGAAGCAUGGGCAUACCGUGUCAGUCGUUCUCCCGCAUACACAGAGGUCAUGGAUAGGCAAAGCACAUCUUGUGGGCAAAUCCAUACAACCGACAUACUACCGCCCCGCGCCCCUCCAAACAAACGCUGAAGGGCGUCUCACGAACCAUGGCACAACGCACAACUCCCCUCUGCCAUCCUCGUCGAACGAAGAAGAAUGGGUGCUCAUCGACUCGACGCCUGCUUCCUGCGUACAGAUCGGUCUCUACCACUACUUUUCAGACCGCGGCCCGAUUGACCUCGUAGUCAGUGGCCCUAAUUACGGUCGCAACAGCACUGCCAUCUUUUCCUUAUCGUCGGGCACAAUUGGUGGCGCAAUGGAGGCAGCAGUAUGCGGCAUGAAGUCCAUCGCCCUCUCGUACGCAUUCUUCGACCGCAACCACGACGCCAAGAUCAUCAGUGAUGCCAGCGAGCUCAGCGCUAAACUCAUAAAACAUCUGUGGGACCACUGGGAUGCAAAUACCCACCUUUACACCGUCAACGUACCGCUGGUUGAGAAUGUUGGAGAGCGCAAGAUCCUAUGGACGAACAUGCUGCAGAACUCGUGGAAGAGCGGAAGCUGUUUCCAGGUCGUCGAAGUACCGUCCGAAGCUGACGACACACCGUCAGACAUCGAGGGUCAGAUACGCAAACAAGAGGAGAAGUUUGGGAAGAAGGAGCUGAAGGCGAACUCUGAAAUACAAGGUGGAGUGUCGGGCACAGACAGUGGGCGAGAAACGCCUUCAGGUCAGGCCCAUAUGCGGUAUACACACAAGCACUUCAAAUGGGCACCGACUUUCAAAGAUGUGUAUGAGAGUGUUGAGGCCAGUGAGCCCGGCAAUGAUGGAUGGGCGGUCGCGCAGGGCUUUACCAGUGUGACUCCACUACGGGCAAACUUUAUGCAUGUGAAUGGGUUUGAGGGAGAAAUCAACCUGGGUGCGGGGGCUUCGUAG